AAAUAUUUACUUGCCCUAGGCUUUUACUUGGCUGGUUAAUGUACUGUAUGACCAUAUGUGCAUGUCUCACAUUUAUUAUGGGGUGAGUGACAAGAGGCUGAUACAGCUGCAACUUAAUAACUCCCUGUCUACAAGUCCCAGGCAAUGCCCUGGGAAGUAACACGCACAUUAAAAGGUCAUUGAAAGAAGCAGGAAUACUGCUUAGUUGAACAAAUUAUAGGCAGAUUUUGCCACAUGAAAUGUGAUUGUGUCGCAUUGUAAGAGAGCAGAUCUCAUUAGCUUGUUUCCUGUCCAUUAUAACCACUUACCCAAAUGCAUAAUGAAAGUACCUGGACAACGUUGUAUUAAACAAGCCAAGAGGUUGCAUGGCUUUUAUAGUUAACACUUAAAUUGAAAUCAUCCAAUGUCUGGAAAGGAGGAAAUAAGACAGACACUGUGACUACCAACAAGGGAACUAUUUUUUUAGUUAUGCAAAUUUGUAAAUAAAAUCACAAAUUACAACUUAAUACUACAAGUUUCCAGAGUACAAUAACUGCUGACAGCUAUGGACGUUUCAAAGUGUGCAAAAUUUGUAAAUCUGAUCACGCAAGUUGGGGUAUGAUUAAAAAGUUUUGUCUGUGUGGAAUGUAUUUGAUAUUAUGUGAGCAGAAGUCAGCAUACUGCUAGCAGCACACCUUUAGCUGUUACCUGCAUUUUCCAGUAAUCACACAUAGGGUCUGCUUAAACUCUAGUUUUUAACACCAGCUAUCACAAAUUGUAACAUAAUAAACCAUCUGGCAGUCAGGUUACAAAAGAACCCGUACAGGACAGACUAUCUUUUAAAGCUACUGGCACCCGAAAGAGAAUUAAGGAACAUGUUUCAACUUAACAUUUGGUCUAUGGACUGUUCUUUGCUGGGAUUCCUAAGGGUGCACAGAUGUGGGGGGGUUACUGGCUAUACAUGUCACAUUUACUUGUGAAGAGAAGAAUCACUUAUCUGGUUACUGUAACAGGGAUCGCUUGUAUCCAUGUCCUUUAAUGUCUUACAUCUGCUUUUAAAAGCAUAACAAUGAGUACACACAGAGAAAACACAUUUUGACUUGAGGCAGGUAGAUCAAAUGAAAAAACAAAUAUGGUCUAAAAUAGGAUCUUAUUUAAAUUACUUUCUCAGACUAAAAAUGUGAACUCAUGGAGGAUGAAAUGAAAACGAUAGGGUACAAGUAAAAUCUUUGAGCCCCUUACCACACAGAAGGCUUCACCCCAUACACCACUACUACUACACCCCCCACCCCUGCAAGCAUUGAAAGGAGGAGAGAACAGAAAGUGACAAAUAUAAACAGUGGGACGGCUGUGUUGAGGGAAAUUACCUCCCAGAACCACUGGCAUGUUGCCAGUACGAAGACAUUCAUCUGUUUCGUACAGAGUCUGACUCAUAGGCAAGACAGAGAGAAGGGAGGGGAAGAGUGGGAGAGCGAGCAAGACGGGAGAGAGUGCAAUCUGAUCACAGGCUGUGAACAAGAGGCAGCGAGUGGGAAUGGCAGAGAGGCAGAGGAGCCACAACAUCUGAAAGUUUUAAACCUGUGAUCGCGGUAGGUGAUGCGAAGCAAGACUGGGGGUUCCUCCAACAUGUGGAAGGAAAACAAAUUCCACUUCAUGGACUGCUUCAGACAGAGACAGAUUUAGGUUUUGCCGCUGAGGGAGGGCAUUCUCUGUCAGGUUCGUAUUUGGGGAGGGUGGAAAUAUAAAGAUGAUAUAAAGAUGAGAUUUUGAAAAAGAUUAAACUAAGAACUAAAGACUGAAAUGCAUUGGACAGUAAGCAAUAUUUUGUGCUGGGAGAACAGUAUAGCUUUAGUGUUUAUGAAAGUUAAGACGUAGCGGCUUGAAAAAAAUACUCCAAGAGUUGAAACGUCAACGAGGAACUUGAAUGUACAGACACGUUACCUCCAGGAGCAGUGGACCCAGUGGAUGACAAGAGUAUCAACUGCCUGGGAAAGUGAGGACCCCUGCUAACAUCUCACUGUGGAAAUACUAAUUGUGUUGGGAUUAUUGCCAGAAUUGGAGUUCACAGUGUUGGACCCUGUUUUUUUUGGUUUUCUUUGUCCCCUCCAAGCAGUGGAUCUAGCAGAUAUUCAUUUUGGUUUAUACACUGCACAAGGGAUGAAGCAUCCUGUGCACUAACCAGCCCUACCCUGUGUCCUUGCCUGUGGGACCCAGUGACCAUGCUGACCGAGUGUCCAACACCAGAAAGAUCAGAGCCCCGACCCACGCUAAGGCCUGCUGUGACCUCUGCAGCACCAUGUCUCAAGCAGUCGCGGCUCCACAAGAGGCCAACAGCUUACAGUCAGGAGAAGCGCCUGGGGUUCAGCUGAAAUGGGCUGCCCUGCUUAUUGUCAUGGUUAUCAUCCCGACUAUUGGAGGAAACAUUCUGGUCAUUCUUGCUGUGUCACUCGAAAGAAAGCUGCAGAACGCCACCAACUACUUUCUAAUGUCGCUUGCUGUGGCUGAUCUGUUGGUGGGACUCCUUGUGAUGCCCAUUGCCCUCGUCACUGUUCUCUACAACUCUGACUGGCCUCUUCCGGAGCCCCUCUGCCCCAUUUGGCUGUUCCUUGAUGUGCUGUUUUCUACCGCAUCCAUCAUGCACCUAUGCGCCAUUUCACUGGAUCGCUACAUUGCCAUCAAGAAGCCAAUCCAACACAGCCAGUACAAAUCCAGAGCCAAAGCGAUGGUGAAGAUUGCACUGGUGUGGCUCAUAUCCAUUUGUAUUGCAAUCCCGAUUCCAAUUAAGGGGCUUAAGGACUACCAUCCUAACAACAACAUCACCAACAACGUCACCUUUAACAGUAACCACACAUGCCUGCUGAAAACCGACACCUUCCGAGAGUUUAUCAUGUUUGGCUCCUUGGUGGCAUUCUUCAUCCCUCUGACCAUCAUGAUGGUCAUCUACCUUCUUACAGUCCAGGUGUUGCGCAAAAAGGUUUAUUUGCUCAGGUCAAGAGUGACUCAGCGCCUUAGCUACCCAACAGUAGCCACAGUUUUUCAAAGGGAACAAGCUGUGACUCAAGCUAAACAACUGAACAUGCUGGAUGGCAGACUUCCCAGGAUGCAAGAAAAACCAAAUACAUGCACAACAAACUCUCCUACAGCAGAGGACAUGUCCUUUCGGAGAAUGUCAACAAUGGGCAAGAGGUCAAUGCAGACUCUGAGCAAUGAGCAGCGAGCCUCAAAGGUGUUAGGCAUCGUCUUCCUCCUGUUUGUAGUCAUGUGGUGCCCUUUCUUCAUUACCAAUAUCACCUCUGUGCUAUGCACCAGCUGUGAUGUUCGUAUAAUUGCCCGCCUCAUGGAGAUCUUUGUUUGGGUGGGUUAUGUGUCGUCUGGUAUCAACCCGCUGGUCUACACCCUAUUCAACAAAACUUUCAGGCAAGCAUUUACGCGUUACAUGACCUGUAAUUACAAAAACUGUGCAAGUCACAAGUCAGGAAGGCCCUCAGGGGCGUCACAUACAGAUCGGACCUUUACCCGGAUUUCAUUCAGAUCUUCCAUGGCAGAAAACUCUAAACUGUUCAUGAAGCGAGGAAUGACGAAUGGAAUCGGAGCAGUUAGCUACCAAAGUCCACUGAGGUGCCGGCAAGUACCUGUACAGUCAUCCAGUGGUGUCGUGUUAGACACAAUGAUUCUGACUGAAAAUGAAGGUGGUAAGCAGGAGGAACAUGUUAGCUGUGUAUAGAGAUACCAGACAAAUUAAUUAAAAAGGGAGAAUUUGACGUGGAUCAGAUUCAUGGUGCAACAAAUAUUCAAAAACGCAUGAUUGGAAUCUGCUGUUACUCCCAAUUUGAUUGAGAAAUAAUCUAAUGUCAGUGCUCAUUGUGCACUACACAACAACAAAAUCUAACCUGUUGUCGUCUAAAGUUUUUUACAUCCAUAAUGUUUUAACAAAAGCAAAACAAGGCAAUAUUUUUACUUACGAUAAUUUCAGAAACACACAAAACACUAAUCACAUUAAGUAAAACUCCUACGUAUGGUCAAAAUAUAACUCAAUGGGCCUUUACAACAGGCCAUAUCAACAAUGUGAAUUCUCAAAGACAGCAAGACAGUUCAUAGUGUACCAGAAUAGAGUUUGAAUUCUCAAACGUUGUAGCCCUGAGAUGACCUGUAACAGGUCAAUUAACAAAAAAAAACCACAACAGAGGAGGAUAUCCUCUAUGAAAAGGCAAAAGUCGACAAAAUUAAGGACAACAGACAAAAAUGUGAGGAGUGAAGACAUAAUGAUAACCUGAAAACUCUAUGUGAAUGCAGUAUACAAUAUACUCCUAUGCUGACCCUUUUAACUUAGGCUAUUUGAAUAUGCUGUAAACCAUCUCAGACCACAUGCUUAUAUUUUGCUAAGACAACUCUACCUUUCAAAUUUCUUCUGCAACUGACACAUAUAAUGCAUUGCACUCUUGAAAUGAUACCUAUUGUAUUAGCUGGACCUUUGGAAAGCACUCUUGUAUGUGUAUUGGAACCUGAUGUUUUGAUAUGUUAAAAAGUUUUCCAAAUAAAAUAUGUAUAUUAGAAAGAACAAAAUCCAGAUUAAAUGGAAACCUAAAUGUGUUCAAUAAAAUAUUUUCUGUGUUGCUGAACUGAAAGAAAACCAAA